GAAAGGGUUAAUUUCUGUACAGUAGAGGAGGAGCUAGACGCGUGUUGUGAGCCUAGACUAUAAAACAAGAGCUAACUCAAUGACAGACGACGCAGAGAGACCGCUGCUGACCAAAGACGAAUAUAACCGUGAACUCCGGUCUAAGACACACUCUGGCGAACAUUAUGGAAUAUCAGAACGGUCACAGGCAUGUUGACACAAACAGUGUUGAAGACGAACCCCUUCUCAGAGAAAACCCAAAGCGAUUUGUCAUUUUCCCUAUUCAGUAUCCUGACAUCUGGAAAAUGUACAAACAAGCCCAGGCUUCAUUCUGGACAGUCGAGGAGGUGGAUUUAUCAAAGGACUUGGUUCACUGGGACAGCCUAAAGUCUGAAGAGAAACACUUCAUAUCCCAUGUACUUGCUUUCUUUGCAGCAAGUGAUGGGAUAGUCAACGAGAACCUGGUGCAGCGGUUCAGUCAAGAGGUGCAGAUCCCAGAAGCUCGCUCCUUCUACGGCUUUCAGAUCCUCAUAGAGAACGUGCACUCCGAAAUGUACAGCAUGCUUAUCAACACCUACAUAAGGGAUCUAAAAGAGAGGGACUAUUUGUUUAAUGCAAUUCACACCAUGCCUUGUGUAAGGCGAAAAGCAGACUGGGCCUUACAGUGGAUCUCUGACACAAACUCAACUUUUGGAGAGCGAUUAGUAGCAUUUGCAGCAGUGGAAGGCAUCUUCUUCUCUGGAUCCUUUGCUGCCAUCUACUGGUUGAAGAAAAGAGGCCUGAUGGCUGGACUCACCUACUCCAAUGAACUCAUCAGCAGAGAUGAGGGUCUGCACUGUAAUUUCGCAUGUCUAUUGUACAGCUACUUGGUGAAGAAACCAUCUGCUGACCGAGUGAAAGACAUCAUCACAAAAGCUGUGAGCAUCGAACAGGAGUUUCUCACAGAAGCCUUACCCGUCAAUUUGAUCGGGAUGAACUGCUCUCUCAUGAAGCAAUACAUUGAGUUUGUGGCAGACCGGCUGCUAAUGGACCUAGGAUUGCCCAAAGUUUUCAAGUCAGAAAACCCUUUCGACUUUAUGGAGUCGAUUUCAUUGGAGGGAAAAACAAAUUUUUUCGAGAAGCGGGUGGGUGAAUACCAACGACUUGGAGUGAUGUCAAAUGUGAUGGACUGUGAAUUCACUCUCGAUGCAGAUUUCUAACGAUGAACUAGAAGAAAUAUUAUUUAUUUUUCGGGACAGUUUCAUUAUUUUAUUUUAUUUUUUUUAUUGUUUUGCUUUUAACUCCAAGAAGAAAGUAAACGAUAAACUGUAGACUUUUUAGGUUUCGUUUUAUUUUGGUUUCUUUUUUGUAAAACUUCCAGAACUUCCAAGAUGUUUUAGAUAUUUUUACAAUUUACUUGAUUACUGUACCUAAGUAUUGUUUUGGGGGAUUUGUUCUUCACGCAAGUGCAAUUUAAACUGACUACUUGUAAUUUUACUUGAUUACAUUUGUGACCCUGGUCAGUCAAGUGUCAAUUUUUUUAAAUUUAGAUGUAUACAUCAUCUGAAAGCUGAAUAAAUAUGGUUUCCAUUGA